CCGAUUUUUAUUUCCAUCAUUAAAUUACUGAGGCUGUCCGUACAAGUUGUCUCAUGCAGCCCAUUAAGUGUGUGGUGGUGGGGGAUGGGGCGGUGGGUAAAACAUGUCUUCUCAUCAGCUACACCACCAAUGCCUUCCCUGGAGAAUACAUCCCUACAGUAUUUGACAACUUUGCUGCCAAUAUGACAGUGGAUGGGAAAGUAGUAAACCUGGGUCUGUGGGACACAGCAGGACAGGAGGAUUACGACAGACUCAGACCUUUGUCUUACCCACAGACGGAUGUGUUUCUAAUUUGCUUUUCAGUGGUCAGUCCAGCUUCCUUUGAGAACAUUCGUCUGAAGUGGAAUGAAGAGUUGACACAACACUGCCCCGGGACGCCUAAAAUCCUGGUGGGCACCAAGUUAGACCUGAGAGAGAACCAGGCUACAGUUCAAGCACUGAAUGAGAGGAACCUCUCUCCAAUCACCUACCCUCAGGGCUUGGCCAUGACUAAGGAAAUAGGUGCAGUGAAAUACGUGGAGUGCUCAGCGCUGACACAACACGGCCUCAAGACAGUGUUUGAUGAAGCUGUCAGGGCAGUGCUGUACGCUCAACCGUCCAAAAACCCAAAGAAGAAGAAGAAGAAGUGCACUCUCUUGUAGUGGAGAUCCACGGACAUGGAGUCUAGAGAUAGAACUCCCCCUUGGAAAGAUACGAGGAUUAUAGUAUUAAUCAAUCAGAUUUUAUUUAUGAAGCUUUUCACACAUUCAGAUGUUCUACAAUGUUAUUAAAUACAAGCAUGCAGACAAUCAAUGAUAUUACCAGGAAAGUCACUAAAAUACAUAUAAAUAAUUAAA